AUGUCCCGGAGGCCGCGAGCGCGGGCGGCGCCCCAGGGCAGGGCCCGGGGCUGCGUGGUGCCCGGCACCGGGCUCCUGCUACUCGCCUACCUGGCGUACCUGGCUCUGGGCACCAGUGUGUUCUGGGCGCUGGAGGGCCGCGCGGCGCAGGAGUCCGGCCGCGGCUUCCAGCGCGACAAGUGGGAGCUGCUGCAGAACUUCACGUGCCUGGACGGCCCGGCGCUGGACUCGCUGAUCCGGGACAUCAUCCAAGCGUACAAGGACGGUGCCCACCUCUUCGGCAACACCACCAGCAUGGGGCGCUGGGAGCUUGUGGGCUCCUUCUUCUUUUCCGUGUCCACAGUCACCACCAUUGGCUAUGGCAACCUGAGCCCCCGCACCAGAGCGGCCCGCCUCUUCUGCAUCCUCUUCGCUCUUGUGGGGAUCCCGCUCCACCUCGUGGUGCUCAACCGCCUGGGGCACCUCAUGCAGCAGGGCGUGCACGGCUGCGCCCGCAGGAUGGGGGGCGCCUGGCAGGACCCCGCCAAGGCGCGCUGGCUGGCGGGCUCCAGCGCCCUGCUCUCGGGCCUCCUGCUGUUCCUGCUGCUGCCGCCACUGCUCUUCUCGCACAUGGAGGGCUGGAGCUACGAGGAGGGCUUCUACUUCGCCUUCAUCACCCUCAGCACCGUGGGCUUCGGCGACUACGUGAUUGGGAUGAACCCCUCCAGGACUUAUCCGCUGUGGUACAAGAACACGGUGUCCUUGUGGAUCCUCUUUGGGCUGGCGUGGCUGGCCUUGAUCAUCAAACUCGUCCUGUCGCUGCUAGAGACCCCAAGGGGCACAUGUUCCUGCUGCCACCAUGGCUCCAAGGGCCGGAGCUGGAGGCAGGACCCAGAUGGAGAGCCCGAGUCCUCCUGCCCACAGCCAGGCUGCUGUCCGGAGAGGCCUGUGGACCUCACAGAGUACCUGGGUCCCUCUCCUCUGGCUGUAGGCUGUGGCAAGGAUGGCUAG